AUGGCCAUUAAAUGUCAUUAUAUAGACCAAAAUUUCAAUCUUAAAAACAGCAUACUGGCAGUAACAAAAUUAAAAGAGUACCAUACAGCAGAAAAUCUGGCAAGUGUUUUGCAACAAACAUUUGAAGAAUGGGAGAUUGCAAAGAAGGCAACAUGUAUAAUGACUGAUAACGCUCCCAAUAUGAUAAAAAUAUGUGAAUUGUUGCAAAAGUGGCAUUUGCCUUGUUUUGUCCAUUCAAUCAACUUGGUAGUACAAGACAACCUUAAACUCAGAUCUGUACAAACUCUCCGAACUAAAUGUAAAAAAAUUGUGAGGUACCUUAAAAACACCACAGAAGAGGGAAAACAAUUUUGUACAGAACUUCAACAUUCAGUUCAAAAUAGAUUAUUUAGUUAUGAAAAGAGGUCAAUUACCAGAAUUGCGACGAUAAUAGACCCUCGUUUUAAAAAGAAAGGAUUUUUACAGCCCAGAAAAUGCAAACCAAGCCAGUGUAUUUUUAGAAUAAGAAAUAUGCCAAAUAUUUCGAAAAAAGGAAGUGGACAAAAAAAUAAUCCUAAUGGAGAUGGCGAGACUGAAUCUGCACCUAAGAAGUCCUUAUUUUCAUUUAUUGGGCAAAAAAAUAAAACAAAAGUUAAAUCUAACCUAGCUUACGCUAUCAUUAUUAAAGGGCAAUACCUAGAAACACCCAAUUCAAAUGAAGACACCGAUCCGCUUCUGUUUUGGAAAGUAACUGGAGAGGAACUAAAUCCAAUAACCCAGUUGUGCCAAAAAUAUUUUUGUAUACCUGGUACAUCGGUAGAAUCUGAGAGAACUUUCAGUAGGACUGGAGCUAUUAUCUGA